AGACAGUUGGUAAACGUUCCUAUGGAGAGACCCUCAUAAAAUCGAUAUCGCUUAUAUCAUUGUAAUCAAUUCCGAAUAUAGAAUUACCUGGUACGCGGUUUUAUCGCUUCAUUUCACGGUAUUUUAUUUUCUCUGAAGCGAAAAAGUUCGAUAUAGCCGUGGUUUUCAAAAGAAAACGUCUUCAAAUGCUUUGUCGAUAAUUUAGUCACAACAUAAGUGGCACUUUCAGGACAACAGGGAUAAUGGCUGCCUCUAUGCAGUUCCUGUCAACACCUGCCAAAUUACCUAAGGAAUGGCAGCCUAAGUUACAUGAAUGGAAGGUGUACCAUUCUAGUCAUCCUGACGUCCGACAGGCUGGGUGGCAGAAAUGGGGCCGGGAACACCCGGACUGGUACGCCCGUAGGUCGACUUCUACACACCCCGAUUGGUACAACAGGGAGAGGGAUACUAUCAGAAGAAGCGACUACAAGUGCAUCAAUUGGCAUUAUGAACGACCAUCCAAACCGACAAGCCGAAUUCAUGACGACUUCAUACCACGUGAAAAUGACGUCAUGAUGAAGGAUGUUCAGCGACCAAUGCCCCACAACAAGCACUAUCUUGGCCAGUUCAGUUACCCCAAGCCUUAUCCUAUGGAGGUCCCACCACCAAAAUGGGGACUCUAUAACCCCCCAAACUACGAGGAACCUGCACGGUUCAACCAUUUCCCUCCUAUAAAGUACAAUGGAUAUUAAAACAUGUAGAUAUAGAAUACAAAUAGCUUCGAUAAUAGAAAAUGUAUUUUAUGUACUGCAUAGAUAAUGUAAAUUAAUGUUAUUUAUAGGUAUGUAUCUUUACUUUUAUCUCGGGGGUGGGGGUACAUUUCUAGAUUUCGAGUUGAUGAGGGCAUCUCAGAGUGGUGGUUAUAUGACGGUACUACUGUCUCAAUAUUAGUGUUGCCUAUUUAUUUAUUUAUUGUGUAGUACAGAAUGAUAGUUUGAUUCGUGUAAAUUCACGCAUAGAUUGGUACUAAACACUACGUAUCAAAAGUUACUGUUUUACAUUAAGGUCUAUUCGUGUGAGUGUACAUGCUCUAUUGUUGAAUUUUGUGAAAUGCCUUGUAUGGAGUACGCACUGAAAGUGCUAAAUAACAUUUACUUGUUU